CUCCCCCAGGGCAGUGUUGGGGGACCCCAUGUUGGUCCCCCAGAUGGGCUCUGGCUCCCGGGGGUGCUGGGGGGACCCCAGGAUGGUCUCUGGCUCCCCCAGGGCUGUGUUGGGGGACCCCAUGUUGGUCCCCCAGAUGGGCUCUGGCUCCUGGGAGGGUGCUGGGGGGACCCCAGGAUGCUGUCUAGUUCACUUGUCUGCAUGGCUAUAUGGCACGUCACUGCCCACCCACCAGUGUCCCCUCUUGCCAUCCCAACAGUGCUUCCUGCUGGGAGGGCUUGAGCCCAGAGGACCUGAGAGUUUCCCCAAAGCCAGUAUAGCUUCACCAUUCUUUGCAGUGACUCCUGCUGGGAAAGCCUGAAAAUAAAUAUGCUGGGACUGGAGACCUGUGAGCUGCUUACAUUCUGUGCUCUUAUACAGUUUCUUGAAGUUACUUGCCCAGGGUCUGCAGUAAUUAUAAAGUCAUCUUUGGGUUAGCCACCUGGCUAGCAUCUCCUGCUUUUCUUCCAGAGCCGCCCUCAGAGAUGGCUGCAAAGGUCCUGAACACCCUGGCACAAAACGUAACUAAUAAAUACGGGACAAUAGAUUACAGCAAGUGGCAGAGGGUAGAAGCAAAAAAGAAGAAACCAGCUUUGCCACCUAUCGCAUCACCAAGUGAGGACAAGAAAAGCGAAGGGCGCUCCGCUGGCUACCAGAAAGACAAGCGGUCAGUUCUAUUCAGUCCCAGUUCAGCCUUGCCUUCAAAGACAGCAUCCUCUCUGAAUCCCAGAUUUGCUCAGCAGAAAACCUCAGCAAAGGAGACUGAUGUAACUAAAAGCUUGGAGAACAUCAAAAUUAUUAAGAAACUGACUAAGUCGAAGAGAAAGUCCCUAAAUGAGCUGAAGCAUCACAGGACCACCCUUGUAGAGACCAACAGGAGACUGGCCCAGGACAUUCAGCAGACAGAUGCCAGUACUGCCAAGCAUGCCAGAGACCUGCUGCAGCAGUAUGAGAUCUUUGGGACAGUCAUCUCGACCCUUCGGGACUCCAAUCAGAACCGAGUUGGCAUAGCAAGAGCAGAACUCCAAGAAACAGAAAAAAUGGUGGAAAAGAACCUGAAGAAACUAAAACAUCAGGUGGAUCACAUGAACACCAAGGUGCAAAUGCUCCAGGAAGAGCUCAAUGUUUUACGAACAUACAUGGACAAGGCGUACCCGGUGAAAGCCGUCCAGAUAGCCUUUAUGCGUCGCAACAUCCGAAACCUGAAGGAAGAACAGCAGGACGAAAUGGAAGAUAUAGAAGAUCUGGCCAAAACAGUAAUGCAGCAACUGGAAAAGAAGGUGCAAGAUGAGAAGGAGCAGAUAUUACAGGCUGUUGCAAAGGACAAGGUGUUUCUCUAUCAGGAGGGGCUGAAGCAGAUGGCUGUCAACAAUCGCAUACUCAGGAAUGAAGUCCAAAUGCAAAAGCAGGUCAUUCACACGCUGUUGGAAGAAAUCACAGAGCUCCGAGAGAGCAUUGUGACACUUCGCUGGAGCGUGAGAGACCCUAGAGAGGUGAUCUUCGCUGACGUCCUGCUCCGCAGGCCCAACUGUCACAGAAGCCUGGAUUGAAGGUGUCAUGAAACAGAACCAGAAUUAAUAAGGAUGUUGAUACACAAACUAGUGGUCACAUUUCAUCUUACUGCAUUUCUCCCACUGUGUGCUGGAAAGUGGAUGUAACUAACAAGGCCCUGCUGCUGUGAAGCUUUUCCCUCUGCGUUUGUCUGUUGGGCUUGAAGGAGAGUCGCAGCUAAAUACAUUGUUCUGUUUUCAUAAACCCAGUGCCGCCAUCUGAUUAGGGCUCCGUUAUCCUGUGCAUGCUGUCCAGGAAAUAGCUAUGCAACAGGGCUCAGGCUUUGAUUUAAAAUGUGUGAUCCUCCCAUCGGAAGAGAGGAGAUAGCCAGUCUGGUUAAUGCCACAAUGGGCUCUGCAGGGUGAGUCAGAGCUAACGUAUAGCACUGCUGCUGUGGGCUGGGUCGCUGGGCUGGGCUCUGGCUCAUGCACGAGAACCCAAUAUAGCUUUAAAGGGCUGCUGUCCUCUGAGCAAGUCUGGGGUUCUGGUCCUACCCCUCCUCCCACCCUCUGACUAGUGGACAAGGGAUGUCCAGGCCCUUGAGUUACCGUUUUGGGUGUACAGCAUGUCUGAGAUGUGUCAUGUGUUUCUGGCCCUGAUUGCACCAGGAUUUCUCUUCCCCACCACCUCACUCCCAAAGACUCACUUAUCUGAAUUGAAGCAAAGUUCUUGUUUCCUUGGCUAUGGUUUGACUUUCUCCUUAUUGCUGUCUCCUCUCUCUGCUCAGAUGCCUGCCAGAUACAGAGAUUGUUCUCAAUAUCCCCUUAGAGGAAAAGGUUUUCAUUUAGUCCCAGAAACUUUGGACCUGAAGUGGAAAGGUGGGUGGAUGGCCCAGGCCUUGCCCACAGAGCUAUGUCAUCAUAGAACCAGCUGGGCCAAGAACAGGAUGGGGAGCUGUACAACAAAUCGCCCCCUCUUCAUAGACAAGUUCUCCCAACCAUCCCAGUUCUCAGGAAGUUCUGCUCUGCGCUGCUUUUGUUUUGUCAGGCCAAGUAAGUUCCAUCACAGAACAAUAUGCAGGACUUAUUGUGUCAUCGUCAUGCCAGAUCCAAGCUGGGUAAAAGCCAGAAAACUGUCAUUUCGCUAGAAGGUGCAAAAUUCUAUUAAAGCAGCCAGGUGUGAUGGAAAACCGGCUCAUUGAUUAGGUGUCACUAUUGUCAACAGCCCUUCCCCAGUCUCACAUUCGUACAGAUCUACCACGUGUCAUUGGUGUCAGCCAACUACCGGUAAAACAUCACAGUUCCACUUGGUCAGAUAAUUCUGGAUGUAAUUCUCCUGAAGCCCGGGGGAGUUCCAGCAGAACCAGUUUGGCCUUUUUAUCCUUCCCAGUGAAACUACUUUGUACAAGAUGUUUUAUCAAUAUUUUGAUUUCUGAUGAGCUGAAGCCCAGACCCAGGAUGAGGUUCUGUACAAAUGCUUGCCGUUCCUAGCGGCAGGCGUGACAGUAGACCAUCCCAUCCCAGCUGCGUCUUGCUUACAGUUGAAUGGUUCUGACAGUAUUCAGUCGGGGAAGUCUACCAGUUCAUGGAGAAGUGUGUAGCAUGUUUAACCUGCAACUUUCAAUCUACAUUUUGAAAUAAAAAUUAAGUGGGUCUUUAA